CAAUCCUAGAGUAAUCCAGAAACAAAAAUGGAGCUAUUUUCCACAGCUGCUAUCUGGGUUCUGACAGUGAUACUUGCUGUGAUUCCUAUAUGGGCAUGGCAGAUGCUGAACUCGUUUUAUCUGAAGCCAAAGAGGUUGGAAAGGGUUCUGAGAGGGCAAGGUCUUCAAGGAGAUCCAUACAAGCUUUCAGUUGAUAACCCGAAGCAAUUGUAUAUGCUGAAGUUGCAACAAGAAGCCAAAUCCAAAUCAAUUGGUCUCUCCGAUGAUGUUACACCACAUAUCUUCUCUGCUGCUCAACAAACUGUCAACAAAUACGGCAAGAAUUCCUUUUUAUGGGAAGGUACAACACCAAAGGUGAUCAUCACGGACCCAGAGCAAAUCAAAGAAGUCUUUAACAAGAUGCAGGACUUCCCCAAACCCAAGUUAAAUCCCCUUGCCAGGUUUUUCAGCACUGGUCUAAUACAAUAUGAGGGUGAUAAGUGGACUAAACAUCGGAAGAUUAUCUCCCCAGCAUUUCACUUGGAAAAAUUGAAAGAUAUGCUACCAGCAUUUUCUCAAAGUUGCCAUGAUAUGAUUAGCAAAUGGAAGGAAAUGUUGUCAUCAGAUGGAACAAGUGAGAUUGAUGUUUGGCCUUUCCUUCAAAAUUUGACUUGUGAUGUAAUUUCUAGAACAGCUUUUGGAAGCAGCUAUGCAGAAGGAACAAAAAUAUUUGAACUUCUGAAGAGGCAGGCGUAUCUUUUAAUGACAUCUACGCAUACGAACAUUCCACUGUGGUGGCUUCUACCAAUAGCAAACAAUCGGAGGAUGAAGGAAAUUGACAGAGAUAUAUGUGAUUCAGUUGAGGCUAUCAUUAAAAAACGAGAGGAAGCUAUGAUGAAUGGCGAAGCCACAGUUGACAAUUUAUUAGGCAUACUUCUGGAAUCAAAUCACAUUGAAAACCAAGGACCUGGAAACAGUAAGACUCUUGGAAUGACCAACAAAGAAGUAAUUGAGGAAUGCAAGCUAUUCUACCUAGCGGGCCAAGAGACCACUUCAGUUUUGCUGGUUUGGACAAUGGUGUUAUUGGGUAGGUAUCCUGAAUGGCAAGAACGUGCAAGGCAGGAAGUUUUGCAAGUUUUUGGAAACCAAAAUCCAAACUAUGAUGGAUUAAGUCGCCUUAAAAUUGUUACCAUGAUUUUAUAUGAGGUUCUUCGGUUAUACCCACCUGCAGUUUACUUCAAUCGAGCUCUUCGAAAGGAUGUAAAACUUGGAAACCUAUCACUGCCUGCAGGAAUACAGGUUUCCCUUCCAAUACUUUUGAUUCACCAAGAUCAUGAUAUCUGGGGCGAUGAUGCAAAGGAGUUCAACCCUGAAAGGUUCUCUGAAGGAAUUGCAAAGGUAACGAAAGGCCAAGUUUCUUAUUUCCCAUUUGGAUGGGGUCCAAGAAUAUGUAUUGGGCAAAAUUUUGCCUUAUUGGAAGCGAAGAUAGUAUUGUCAUUGCUACUGCAAAACUUCUCAUUUGAGCUUUCACCGGCCUAUGCUCAUGUUCCUACCACUCUGCUUACUUUGCAGCCAAAACAUGGGGCACCCAUCAUUUUACAUAAAUUGUAAUAUCAUCAUAUAUAGCACUUGGAUUGAAAACUGUUUUAAGAUCCUGUAAUGCUUGUAUGUUUACAAAUUAGAUUCUACUUCUCGUACGUACAAAUUGAGUCACAGUUUCACUGUGAAGAUGCUUGUUCCAAAAUUCUAUACUCUAUAGCAUAACUUGUAGAGUAAUCUCUGGGAUUGAUUUGUAGGGACUUAGCAGUUCCCUCCCUCACUUCGGUAAAACUUGUUCAUUUGAUUUGUAAAAUAUUCUCAAAUCAAA